GGCUGCGCAGGGGCAUCCCGGGGCCGGAGCAUCCCCCGGGCGCUCCCGGGAGCGGCGACACCGCCCCGCCGCGGGAGCGCCGGCUCUUUUACUUUCGGAACGGACACGUGAUUUUCAGGAAAAGGCGAGGGGCGGAUAAGGGAUCGCUCAGGAGGCCCGCCCCCGUGCUCCAGUCACCGCCCGGCCCGGCUCGGCACGGCUCGGCCCGGCACGGCCCGGCACGGCACGGCGGCUCUGCGGACCCGGCCCCAUGGCAGCGCCGGUGAAGGAGGGGGAAGCGCAGAAGCUGCGGUUCGGACAGUGGCUGCUGAGCGCCAUCAACAGCGGGAGGUACCCGGGGCUGCGCUGGAUCGACUCUGCCCGCACCACCUUCCGCGUCCCCUGGAAGCACAACGCCAGGAAGGACAUCACCAGCAGUGACCUGGAGGUCUUCAAGGCCUGGGCAAAGGUCAGUGGACGGUAUGAGGAGGGCGCUGAGGACCCGGCCAAGUGGAAGACCAACUUUCGCUGUGCCCUGAGCAGCACCCACCUGUUCAAGCUGGAACAGGACCAUUCCAAGCGUGGUGAUGACCCCCACAAGGUCUUCUCCAUUGUCUCAGCCAACCUCCAGCACAGCAAGGUGGGAGAUUCCAGCAUCCGGAACCCUGGGGUGGACCAGCAGGCACCACAACAGCAGCUGCAGCUGGAGCUCCACCCCCAAGACAUGGCCUCAGCAAUUGCUGUCCCAGGAAGCACCGACUCCAUACAGCUCUCGGUUCUGGCAGACCUGCUGCAGCAGUGUGGCAUCUCUCCCCAUGACCCGGACUCGCUGGACCCAUCCUGGGUGCCCACAGGUGAUUUCCCUGCAGGAGACACUUCCCACCAGGACACCCUGCUGCAGCCUCAGCAGGACGCCCUGCUGCAGCCUCAACAGGACGCCCUGCUGCAGCCUCAGCAGGACGCCCUGCUCCAGCCUCAGCAGGAUGCCCUGCUCCAGCCUUACACAGACACUGGCCAGAAUGGCUGCUUCCCUCCCACGACAUUCCCACAGUGGAUGCCCACGGUGGAGCAGCCUGCCUUGGACACCUACCAACCAUCGGGCCUCAUGCCACCAGAGGAGACAGGGGCCGUGCCGCCGCCGGGCCACCUGACGGAGGGCACGGUGCCCGUGCAGUACAUGGCAGAGGGGACGCUGUUCAUGCCCAUCGCCAGCCCUGUGCCACAGCCACAGCCUCUGGUGGAUAACACGGAUGACUUCCUCUCCAUCCUGGAUGUCACCAUCUACUACCGGGGCAGGGAGUUCCACCGGGAGGUGGUGGGCAGCAGCCGCUGCCUGCUGACGUACCAGCCGCGCAGUCUGCCGGCGGCGCGGUGCCCCUGGCACAUGGUGCACUUCCCCAGCCCUGCCGGCCUGGCCGACAGCAAGCAGCGCCGCAUGACCGAGGAGCUGCUGGGCAGCGUGGGGCUGCAGCUCGAGCAGCGCGCCUACAAGGUCUUCGCCACCCGCUGGGAGAAGUGCAAGGUGUUCUGGGCCUUGUCCCAGCAGCUCGAGGGCGUGGAGGAGCCUCCACCCAACCUGCUCUUCCGAGACCAGGAAACGCCCAUCUUUGACUUCAAUGAGUUUUGCGCAGAGCUGAGGGACUUCCGCAGCGGCCAAAGGCGGCGAUCCCCUGACUUCACUAUCUACCUCUGCUUUGGGCAGGCCUUCUCCAAGGCCAGGUCUAAGGAGUCCAAGCUCAUCCUGGUCAAGCUGGUGCCCAAGUUCUGCGAGUACUACUACGAGCAGGUGCUGCAGGAGGGAGCCUCCUCCCUCAACAGCCGCAGCAUCAGCCUGCAGCUCUCCGACUCCUUCGACCUCAUGGAGCUCAUCGAGCAGUACAACAUGCAGCUGGGCUGACCCUGCUCCCCGUGGCCCUGGCACAGCCAGCAGCACCACUGGGCAUCCCAGGCUCUGCAGAGCAGCACCCCCAGCCAAAGGACAGCUUCACUGACCAGUCCUGGAGCUCACACAUAGCUUUUUGCUUCUGUCAGCCUCUAGUGCAUGUUUUUGUGGAGUGGGUUAAUUUACAGAUUUAUUUUCUUAAUUUUCCCAAGGUAAAAUAUAUGUAUAAAGAAAUGUAGUUCUCUCUUGCUGGUGUUGCCUGGGUAUCUGCCUCUGCUAUCAGUCUGAAAUCUUCACCACCCUCUUCUUCCCCCAAAACCACAGGGGUCCAUGCCCAGCCUUGUCUCAGCAACAUCCCUGCUGGCAGGGGCAGGCUGGUAUCAGCUUUAUCAGUGCCUUCUUCCCCUUAAAUUUGAGUAGAUGAGAUGACUUCCCAGUGGGAAGGGAUGCAUUUAUCAAUGCAUUUAUUUCCAUGCAUUAAGGCUACAAACAUUACUUGAAAGCAGAAUAUGUUGCGGGCAGCUUGGCUUGGGCUAAACAAAAGUAAUUCUUCGUUGAGCACUGGCCCGGAGUUACUGGAGGUGUUCUGGAAAAAUAAGGCAGUAACUACAACAUUGUGAAAAAUGUGAAAUGAUUAAUUCAUGUUCUUAUGGUUAAUGAUAAAUUGAAAACUAUAAAAACUGUAUAUAUAUGUGUGUUGUAUGAAAGUAUAAGUUUCAGGAUACCUUGUAACAUUUUGUUAAACCAAAUUAUGAAAAGGCAGGCACCACCCCAGAAGCUCACAUUCAGAAAUAGACAAAAGCUUCACGGGAAAACCGGCAGUCUCCUCGAGCACCGGGAGGAGACCCAUCAAGAUGAGGCGGCAGAAACAUCAACACCCCCAGCCGACACCCUCACCGAGCAUCAAGCAUCAUCAUCCAUAUCUCGACCAUUAAUCAGCCAGGAAAUCUGCCGAAACCAGAAAUUAACACCUUACCUGAGAGAGGGGACUCUUUUCAGCUGAGCCGGAGACACCCAUGAAUUUGAAUAGCUAGCUUGGACACAAAGGGGAAAAUGAGGAAAUAUUGCCAAGGGCAGAAUAAAGUGUAUAUAAACCGAGCCCCGAACUGGGCAAAUUUGUGAACUGAAGGGGAGGCAGCAGAUGGCCAGGUUCUGUGUCUCGAGGUUCACCCUUGGCAUUUUCCCGGGAAAAAGACUGUCAAGUAUCUGUGCUGUUGGUGGGUUUAUCGAAAUUCUGUAACUCAAACUUUUGUUAAUAAACCAAAUUAUUAUUUUAAUUGGAA